AUGCGUGCUUUCAUUCUUGUGUGCUUGGUGGCCUCGGCAUGUGCCCAAUAUAAUUAUGGUGCCGGUACUAGUGGUGGAAAUUAUGGAGCUGCCAGCAGUGUAACUCCUUCCUUUGCUCCUCAAAGUUCAACUUUGGAAAAGGAAUUCUAUACCUUCACCGCCAAUGAUGCUGACUUCAAUGAUCCAGCUGCCUCCAAUCAAUACAACAGAGUCGCUAAGAAGAAUCUUCGUGUUAUUUUCAUCAAAGGUCCUGAAAAUAAUGGUUUGGAAGAUGCUGUCCUUGGCUUGGCUAAACAAGCUGCUGAACAACGUACUGCCAUUUAUGUCCUCAACAAACAACCUGAUCUUGCCGGUUUGGCUGAUAAAUUCAGUAGAAUCAACAACAAUGUUAACCACAAACCUGAAGUUCAUUUUGUGAAAUACCGUACCCCUGAAGAUGCUGCCAAUGCUCAACGCGCUAUCCAAAGCCAAUACGACAGUUUGGGUGGUACUUCCCAACAUUUCAAUGGUGGUGUUGCUCCUGCCUUGAAUUUUGCUUCUAAGGGAUCAUAUGGUGCUGCUUCAGCUCCAGCAAGUUCUUAUGUUGCUCCUGCAUCUGGUGCUAGCUUGAGUCAAAAUUAUUUGCCAGCUGCUAUUUUGCGUCGUCUCCGUCGCAAGUAG